AUGCCACGUAUAAGUGCUUUAGCGCUGACUGUAGUGCUACUGGCGCUCUUCAGCUAUGUAAAUGCCAUCGGUGUAAUAUCCAUCGAUUUUGGUUCAGAAUGGUUGAAGAUGGGUUUAGUAAAAAGGGGAGUACCAGCUGAUAUAAUUCUAAACGCCGAGUCGAAGCGUAAGACGGACAUGGUUUUACAUCUAGGGCCAAAAGAACGUACCUUUGGGGCGGCUGCAGCUGUAUCAGGUCUACGUUUUCCCGAGAAAACAUUCGGCUACUUAUUACCGCUAGUCGGACAAAUGUUCGAAGGACCCAUCGUGCAAAAUUUCAUAAAAAGGUUCCCUCAGUACAAGCUCGAAGCCGACUCUGAACGCGGAACGGUGAUCUUUCUCUUGGGUGAUGAGAAAUACGCCAUCGAGGAACUGAUUGCGAUGCAAUUAGAACAGGCAAGGAACAUCGCCACUGCCGCUGCGGAGGAGACCAUGAAUGAUGCUGUCAUCACCGUGCCCUCAUUUUUCACUCAAGCCGAGAGACGUACUCUCUUGCAGUCCGCGAGAAUCAUCGGACUUAAUGUGCUAGCGCUCGUUAACGAUAACACUGCCGUUGCCACCAGUUGGGGAAUCUUCAACAAAAAGAAGUUUGAGGAUAAGCCUCUGACGGUUAUGUUCUACGACAUGGGCGCCAGUACUACAUCUGCCACAAUCGUCAAAUACUCACACGACUCAAAGAAAAUUCCCGGCGUGAAGAUUCUCGCUACGAGUUUCGAUCGUACCCUUGGUGGUUUGGAGUUUGAUUUCAGGCUGAGAGAUCACCUUGUGAAGAUAUUCAACGAGCAGCAAAAGGGGAAAAUCGAUGCCCGCGACUAUCCUCGUGCGCUAGCCAAGCUUCUGAAGGAGGCCAGACGCGUAAAGGAGGUGCUCUCCGCAAAUACGGACACGUUCGCCCAGGUGGAGGGCGUCUUGCCUGAUGUUGAUUUCAAACGAACCCCUGUCAGCCGUGUCGAGUUCGAGACAUUGUGUACGGAUCUGUUCGAGCGCACAGCGACCCCCAUGGCGAAUGUACUGCAACAGUCUGGCAUGGGUAUCGCUGAAAUUGAUCAGGUGAUCAUGUUCGGUGGAGCCCAGCGCAUGCCCAGAGUCCAGGACAAUCUUCUGAAGGUGACCGGUGGAAAGGAGUUGUCUCGUUCCAUCAACGCAGACGAGGCCUGUGCCAUCGGUGCUGUGCUUCGUGCAGCCACGCACAGCAGUGCCUUCCGAAUGGCCAAGUUCACAGUGGAAGAAGCAAAUGUGUAUCCCGUAAAGGUCGCUUACCCGCGCGCAGAGAAGGACGAGAACGCCGAAGAGGGCGUGAACUCCUACGAGAUGCUUGAUAAGGACGAUGAUCUCGUAUGGCGAUCCGUUAUCGGGCGCUUCGGCAAAUACCCUGAGUCGAAAAUCUUCAGUUUCACGAAGCAUACCGAAGAUUUCUCUUUCAAAUUGCAGUACAGUGACUUGGAAUCUUUCCUGCCUAGUCCCGAGGGACUCGAUAUGGUUGGCAGUACGCUCAUCUCAUCGUACAACAUGAGUGGUCUCAAGGAAGCCUACGAGGAAUACCUGAAGGAUGACAAGCACGUGUUUGUAUCGAGCAAGAUCAAGUUCCGCAUGGAUGAGAGCAACGUUCUCAAGGUGGAGAGUGCAAACGCUUAUUUCAACACCACCAUCCCCGAGCUCACUUCUGAACAAGCUGCUGAUACCAACGACGGCAAGGCCGGAAUUGCUGACAAGAUGAAGAACUUCUUCGGUAUGGGUGGGGACGAUGAGAAGAAGGAGGGCGCGGAAGCCGCAGCAGAGCCAGAGGCCGCCGAGAAAGGGGCUGACACGACUAAUGAAACGAAGGAUGAAGAGGCCGCGAUGGAGGAUGCGAAAGACAACACGAAGGCCGAAGACCAAGACACCAAGAAGAAGCCUGCCAAGACGAAAGUACCCAAGGCCCCCAAGGUGGAGACUGUAAAGGUCGCGCUCAAAAUUACAGAGACGCACCACGACUUGGCACCGCUCACCACCGACCGUACUGAAGAGUAUCGCCAGCGUCUUGCUGACCUGACCAAGGCUGAGGCUGCAUUGCACUAUGCAAUGAAGCAGAGGCACACGCUCGAGAGUAUGUCGUACGAUAUUCUGGAUAAGUUAGAGAUGGAGGAUCUGGAUAAGGUUACAACGGAGGAGCAGCGUGAGGGUGUACGUCAAUAUGUCGCAGAGGUGAGCGAUUGGCUCUACGGCGAUGGCGAGGAAGCCAGCGCGGAGGAGUACACUACGCGUAUCGAUCACAUUACCGACACUACCAAGCCAUUCUUCUUCCGUAGAGACGAGUAUCUGUUGCGCCCUAAGGCUGUCAAAGAGUUGAAUCUCGCACUGAAAGGCCUGGACAAGCUUCUAAAGGACACACCCGAGGACGAGCGAUACUGGACCAAGGAAUCCCAAACCCUUGUUGAAAGUGGCAUCGCUGACGCACGCAAGUGGUUGGACGACAAGGUGGCGGCUCAAGAGGCUACAUCUCUGACCGAGAUUCCAGUUGUGCUUGGCGCUGAUAUCCUGCGAAAGGCGAAGCGACUUAGCCGGGAUGUCAAAGCACUCAAGGACACACCCAAGCCCACCCCCGUCCCCACACCCACACCAGAUGCCACUCCUGAGCCAUCUAAUGACACGGAAACUGUGAGCGAUGGCGAUGGCGAUGCUAUGGACGAUGACGAGUAUGUGGACGAAGGCUACGAAGAGGUACGACAAGAAUUCAUUUUACCCACGGACGAGGAAGUGGCUGCGGAUUCGGAGAAGGCUGAAGGCAGUGCUGAGGCUGAUGAGAUGGUGGCGGACCAAGCAACCGACAAGGUGGUGCAAAAAGAAGAAGAGAGGGACGAACUUUAG